UCUUCUCAUUGAAACAAUUUAACAUGGCGUCCUACUCCUAACAAACUGCAAGGGAUAUGAUGUUUCUCGUAGGUUAGAAUGUUUGGGCGUCUAACCUAUUUCUGUACCUUGCGGGAUUAGAUAAGAGCGCUGGAUAUUUUUUGCUAUCCCUACAGGCAUGAUUAUGAAAUUAUAUUACACCGACUAGUUCAGGAUUCGGACAUCCAUCGGUCAAAGGCGUGAAACGUCACUUCUCAAAUGCUCUUACUGCUGCUGUUAGAUGAGUGCUGUUUUGAAGGAUGGUUAUGAGCUGCAGAUCAUGGAGCAGGUGACGGACAGCGCGAGGAGAGUGGAGGACGAGCGCAGUCUGAUCAGAGCGCGCGCUGCUGCAGCUCAGCCGGUGGGAAGCUCCGACACCCAGGAUGGGUCCUCGAGGUUUGUUUACGUCCUCGCCUUCUUCUCCGCUCUGGGCGGCUUCCUCUUUGGCUAUGACACCGGAGUGGUGUCUGGUGCCAUGCUUUUGCUCAAGAAAGAGAUGAAGCUGAGCGCGUUUUGGCAGGAGUUGCUGGUCUCCAGCACUGUAGGCGCGGCGGCGCUCUCAGCUCUAGCGGGCGGAUACCUGAACGGACUGUACGGCCGCCGGAAGUGUAUCAUGCUGGCCAGCUUCAUUUUUACUGCAGGGGGGAUCAUUUUGAGCGUCGCACCUGAUAAAGUGGUUCUUAUUCUUGGCAGGCUUACUGUUGGUCUUGGCAUAGGAGUAGCAUCUAUGACUGUGCCGGUCUACAUAGCUGAAGUGUCUCCUCCUCAGCUUCGGGGUCAGCUGGUCACCAUAAACACGCUGUUUAUCACAGGCGGUCAGUUCAUAGCCAGCGUUGUGGACGGAGCGUUCAGUUACAUGAGCCACAAUGGCUGGAGGUAUAUGCUGGGUCUAUCAGUAGUCCCAGCUGUGCUGCAGUUUGGGGGAUUCUUCUUCUUCUUGCCUGAGAGUCCUCGCUGGCUCCUGCAGAAAGGCUAUUCUCAGCAGGCCCGGGAGGUGCUCACGCAGAUCCGAGGCACAGAGAGUGUGAAUGAAGAGUACGAAAGUAUCCAGGGCAUUGUUGAAGAGGAGGAAAAGGAAGCAGGAGAGGGACCAGUUCUGUGCCGUAUCCUGGCCUGUGCUUCUGUUCGGAGAGCUCUCAUUGUGGGAUGUGGCCUCCAGAUGUUCCAGCAACUCUCUGGAAUUAAUACUGUAAUGUACUAUAGUGCCACAAUUUUGCAGAUGGCAGGGGUGCGGGAUGAUAAGACGGCCAUCUGGCUUUCUGCUGCUACGGCAUUCACCAAUUUCCUGUUUACGCUAGUGGGCGUUUGGCUGGUGGAGCGGGUGGGCCGCAGAAAGCUGAUCCUGGGCAGCAUUUUUGGUACUGGUGUUAGUCUCUCUGUCUUGGCUGUGGGAUUCCUACUUUCUGCUCAGGCGUCUCCUCCAGUGAACUUUCACCCUAGUGACCCUACUUCUCUUAACUCGACCUGCAUGCACUAUGGAUUUUGUGAACAGUGUAUGCUGGAUGCAAACUGUGGCUUUUGUUACUUUGAGAAUGGCUCAACCAUAUCAGACUCUUCCUGUGAGCCAGUUAAUCCAGCCAACGCAGAGCAAGCAGCAAGUGGCAGGUGCUUCAAUGGUACCCAAGAAAACCCAAGUGCAUUGUGGGCCUAUAACUACUGCCCAACCUCCUAUUCCUGGGUAGUAUUGCUAGGUCUCAUCCUGUACCUGGCCUCCUUUGCUCCAGGAAUGGGGCCCAUGCCAUGGACAGUGAAUUCUGAGAUUUAUCCGCUGUGGGCUCGGAGCACAGGCAAUGCUUGCUCUGCCAGCGUCAACUGGAUCUUCAAUGUCCUUGUGUCUCUGACAUUCCUCCAUGUGGCUGAGUACCUCACAUACUAUGGUGCAUUUUUCCUGUACACUGGCCUGGCUGUUCUUGGCUUCCUCUUCGUGCUGGGCUGUCUGCCAGAGACCAAGGGUCUCAUGUUGGAAGACAUUGAGACUCUAUUUAGCAAGAGACUCUGCACCUGUGGUGCACUGGGUGGCGAACAUGCACAUUACAUCAGGCCUCGUUUGGAUUUGGGAAAGUUGCAUUAUGGGACGCUGGGACCAGAAGAAGGAAUUGCUUACAUAUCACUGCAGUAAUGGUGCAGUUAUACCUGGAUUUCCCUUGCAAGAACAACUAACAGCACUUUUGAGAUCAUUAUCAAAGAACUGACACUUUUUUUUUUUUUUUUUAAAGAUUUGUGUGUAUAUGUACAUGUUAACAAAGUCAGAAUGGGUCUUGGUGUGAUCUAGUUGAAACUAGAAGCUGUCACUUCAUUUAACAAAAACAAACAUAUGGUUUUGGGAUAAAAUAAUGCCCUACAAGUGUUUACAAGUCUGACAGUUAUAUAUUAAUUAUUAUAUUAAGUUGGAGAGAAAAUCAGAACUUGGUCCUUUAAGGAAUGGUAUAUAUUUGUUUAUGUUGAUUAUUCUGUUUCAUUAUGUUAGAUUAACAGUUUCUAAAAUAGACAAAGAACAAUCUGAACCCCCUUUCAAUUUAAUGGACAAACCCUUACAUUGUCAAAAUGUUGGAAAUAGAAUCUACACGACAUAUGUAAUAUGCAUAUUUUAUAUACACAGUACAUACUGUAUAUUUUUAAAUGUACACUGAUAUCCUGCAGUAUCUUUACUGACCGCUAGGGUCCAUGAACCCCCUGUUGGAAAGGUGUUGGAUAUAGCUCAGCAAUAGCAAAAACAAUAUUCCAGUCUGCUGUGCAGGCUGUCUCUUUCAAUUAUUCCACUAAUGUUACUAAUUUGUAUAGACAAAACUGUGUUCAUCUUUUUCUACUGAAUAAAAUUUGUGAGAAUUAACUCUUCA